CGACGGUUAACGGAAGGGCCAUGGAUCGAUACUAUGCCUUGCUGGUCUCCGAAAGGAGAUCUCAUCGGAUUUUCAUCUAACCGGCACAAUCCAGAGAACACCGCUGCGUUCGGUGCUUACGUGGUGAGACCUGACGGUUCUGGUUUGAGGAGGAUUCAAAUUGCGGGACUGGAAGGUUCGGAGGAAGCGGCGAGGGAGAGAGUUAAUCACGUUAGUUUCAAUAAGGAUGGUGAUUGGACAGUUUUCACGGCGAACCUCUGUGGGAUAACGGCGGAGCCGGUGGCGAUUCCGAAUCAGUUUCAGCCGUAUGGGGAUUUGUACGUUGUCAAAGUGGACGGGACGGGGUUGAGGAGGCUGACGUGGAAUGGGUAUGAGGAUGGGACUCUAUUGGGCCGAUGUAUACAAAGCCUCGAUAGUUAGCCGACUUGUGUAGGUGCUCGGUCAGCAAUCUUUGUCUUAGGGUUUACCAAAGUUGUAUAAAUACCUUGUACAAACCUCGAUGAAUACACACAAAUUAUUCUAUUCUUUCUUUACACGGUAUCAGAGCAUCGAUCUUUCUAAACGAUUUGAGUUUCUGAUUCUUUUAAUUAUCUUAGUUUCUUUUCUUUGUUCAUUGUUUCUUUCUCUUGUUCGGUGAGAUGGAGGAAGAUGAUAAGAAAACUGUUGCGACCAGUGGGUCUGUAGAGAAAGCGGUAGCCGUAACCCCUUACUUUGUGUUCGCGUCCGACAACUCAGGGGCGUUGAUCACAUCGGUGCAGCUGAAAGGAGAUAACUACAAUGAGUGGGCUACGGAGAUGUUGAACGCACUUCAAGCCAAGAGGAAGACUGGAUUCAUUGACGGGUCUUUGCCGAAACCAUCGGAGGGUCAUGCUGAUUUGGAAUCUUGGCUUAGUGUGAACUCCAUGAUCGUUGGGUGGCUGCGAACAUCGAUCGAGCCACGUGUUAGAUCAACGGUGACGUUUAUCACCGAUGCUCACAAGUUGUGGGACAAUUUGCGAGAACAUUUCUCAGUUGGGAAUAAAGUACGUGUGCAUCAACUAAUGGCUAAGUUAGCUUCAUGUAGACAAGAAGGGCAAGCGGUGAUUGAUUACUAUGGACGGCUUGCCAAGAUGUGGGAGGAGCUGCAAACGUAUAGGCCACCACCGGCUUGUACGUGUUCUGCGGCAGCAGCAUAUGAGAAGGAGAGAGAAGAUGAAAGAGUUCAUCAGUUCGUGAUGGGUCUCGACGAGUCGAGAUUCGGACAUGUGGUGAGUGCAAUUAUCGAGGCUGAUGUGUUGCCUGAUCUCGGGAAAGUAUACAACAAAGUGAUUCGAGAAGAAGACAGGCUGAAUUCAGCAAAGGUAUGUGAACAACAACAUGAAGCUGUUGGAUUUCUAGCUCGUCGUGAACAAGGGAGUGGUGAUGCAAAUACAGCUCGACGUGAUUCUCGUGAAGAAAGUAAUUUUGGGGGUCAAAGUUUCGGUGGAAACAGAGGACGUGAUCGACUCUGUUCCAACUGUGGGAGAGCUGGUCAUGAGAAGAACUCAUGUUGGCAGAUUGUAGGAUAUCCAGAGUGGUUCUCCGAGAGGAAUGGUAGAGGAGGACGUGGUUCAAACCGAGGCGGUGGUCGUGGUGGUUUUUCUGGUGGAAGAGGAAGAGGACAAGUUAAUAUUGCCUAUGCAACAAGUGCCAAUCCGAAUGUUGCGGGUUCUACUAAUCUCACUCCAGAACAAAUGUUACAUGCGCUUUCUCAGAUGUUGAAAGAAAAAUCAAGUGGAGGUGGUGACAAAUUGAUUGGUAAGAUAUGUGGAGAUGUGAUUCUUGAUACAGGAGCUUCUCAUCACAUGACGGGAGAUUUGUCUGUUCUUUCAAAUCUCAAAGAUACAUCACCUUAUACGAUUGGUUUUGCAGAUGGAAAUACAACAUCAUCACGACAAACUGGCGUGUUCCGUUUGUCGGAUCGUAUUAGUUUAUAUGAUGUUUUAUAUGUACCAGAUUUGAAUUGCUCUUUAGUCUUGGUAUCAAAACUCUUGAAGGAUUCUAAUUGUUUUGCGUUUUUCACCGACGCGAUGUGUGUGUUUUACAGGACCGGUUUUCGAGGACGCUGAUUGGAGCCGGGAAAGAACGUGAUAGAGUUUAUUAUUUUGCGGAUGACAAAGCUGCUCGAGUAAACAAGACAGUUCGGAAGGUUGAUGAACAGUUGUGGCAUCAGCGGUUAGGUCAUCCCUCGUUUUCAGUAUUAGCUACUAUGCCUUUGUUUUCUGGUGUUUCUGUUUCUGCUAGUCCAAGUCCGUGUGACACAUGUUUUCGGGCUAAGCAAACUAGAGA